UAUGUCAUGGUGGAUAAUAUGAUAGUCAAACUCCUCCAGAAGGCAGAUAUUGCUGUUUUCGGACGCAAAUGCAGGUCUUCUUCGGCGGAGCAUUCUUUUCGGGCCCAUUGUUCCGGCAUAGAUGGCAUGCUGGAAUUUCGGCGAACAUAAGGUUCAUUACCAAGUUCUCCUCCUUCAAGUUGGCAUCUUGCGACUACAUAAACGUGACAAGGAUAAGACGAAUACCGAGCCCAACCAAUCUGUCGAGUUGCUACACUUUGUUAUUCUUCAUAUACACUCUAUAUUCGCACAUCUCAUUGAGUGUGUAAACGAUUCGUUGGUUUCAAGGAAUCAAAGGCCAGACGAAGAGCACAUUCAUCAACCCGUAAAGCACGACUACGACCAAAAUGGCCCCUGUAGCUUCUCAAUUCAAGCUCAACACAGGAGCAACCAUUCCUGCUGUUGGCCUGGGUACCUGGAGGUCGGAGCCCGGCGAAGUACGCGACGCAGUAUCUUUCGCCCUAAAGCAGGGAUACCGUCACAUUGAUGCAGCUUUGAUUUAUGGUAAUGAAAAUGAGGUUGGCCAAGGUAUCAAGGAUAGUGGUGUGCCUCGUGAGGAGAUAUUCUUGACGAGCAAGCUAUGGAACACCCACCAGCCCAACGUUAAAGAGGGUCUACAAAAGUCAUUAGACGCCUUGGGCACAGACUAUCUCGAUCUUUACCUCAUCCACUGGCCGGUGCGCCUAGUCCCUAACGAAUCUAGCGAGCUUCUCCCCGUGAAUCCGGAUGGCACACGAUCUGUUGACCGAGACUGGGACCAAAGUGAGACUUGGCGCCAGAUGGAAGAGGUUUACAAAUCUGGCAAAGUCAAGGCCAUUGGAGUCGCCAACUGGUCGAUUCCUUACCUAGAGAAACUGAGCAAGACUUGGAAGGUCGUCCCCGCAGUCAAUCAGGUGGAGCUACACCCUUUCCUGCCUCAGCACAAGCUCCGGGAGUACUGUGCAAAGCAUGAUAUAUUGCUAGAGGCAUAUUCUCCACUCGGAUCAGCAGGCGCACCUAUCAUGUCCGACGACAGUAUUCAGGCGGUCGCAAAGAAAUACGAUGUGUCCCCUGCUACGAUUCUGAUCAGCUACCAUGUUAACAAGGGAGUGGUCGUCUUGCCAAAGUCUGUACAUGAGAAGAGGAUCAUCAGCAACAAGACAGUCAUUGAGUUGUCUGAUGAGGAUAUAGCGCUACUGGAUGAUCUGGCUGCCAAAGGCAAGGCAAAGCGCAUCAACACACCGUUGUGGGGAUGGGAUCUCGGCUUUGAUGACUGGUAUGGUCCCUCAGCAAGUUCCCACUAGAUGGGCUAGGAUAGGGUUGCUACAAGAAAACAUAAAAGCCACUGUUCGCU